CAGCCGUCAGUUGUACAGUGCGGCCUCCAGAUAACAGCUUCCCUGCCCUGUGCCCAUUCUACCCUGCGAGCCUGGUACAUGAUGCACUUCAGUAAGAUAACGGACUUCAGCGUGGAGCUCAGCCCCAGUGCCUACGGGGUGUACACGGCCGGGGAUGUGCUGACCGGGCAGGUGGCACUGGAGCUCUGUAAGGCCAUGAGAGUUACCGCUCUGGAGGUCUGUGCCAGGGGGCUGGCCACCGUGCACUGGCUGGAGACCCGCAGCAUUGGCAUGAAUACAGUCUACAGCGACUUUACCGCCCACGAGACUUACUUAAGAAAGAGGCAGCACUUGAUAAGAGACAACGGCACGAUUCAUGUUCUACCGGCAGGAAGACACGAGUUUCCCUUCACCUUUCAGCUGCCAGAGAACUUGGUGACCUCCUUUGAAGGUAAACAUGGAUGUGUUCGCUACUGGAUCAAAGCAAAACUGCACCGUCCAUGGUCAACAGUCAAGAAGACAAAGAAGGAAUUUACUGUGAUUGAACCCAUAGAUAUCAACACCCCAGACCUUCUGGCUCCUCAGGCUGGUACUAAAGAGAAGAUUGCACAUGCCUGGUACUGCAACCUGGGACAAGUCUCAGUCACUGCCAAGAUUGACCGGAAGGGAUAUACUCCAGGUGAAGUAAUUCCUAUUUUUGCGGAGAUUGAUAACUGUACCAGUCGAACUGUUCUUCCUAAAGCAGCCAUAAUACAGUCUCAGACCUUUAUUGCACGUGGUGCAUUGAAACAGAAGAAAUCUGUAGUAGCUACCUUGGCUGGAGAUUCUGUACUUGCAGGAAAGCGAGAGACUUGGCAUGGUAGAGCUCUGAAAAUCCCUCCACUUGGACCAUCCAUUAUGCAGUGCCGAAUUAUUAGAGUGGAAUAUGCUUUGAAGGUGUGUGUAGAAAUCCCAGGUUCCUCCAAAUUACUCUUGGAGCUGCCAUUGGUGAUUGGAACCAUUCCACUCCAUCCUUUUGGGAGCCGAACCUCCAGCGUUGGUAGUCAGUACAGUGUGAAUCUGGACUGGCGGUAUAUGACCGUCCCAGAGCUACCAGAACCACCUCCUGAAUACUCAUCCAUUGUCUCAGAAGAGGAGGUUCAAAACCGCUUAGCUCCUCCACGCCAUGCUAGUAUGGGCUGUAUUCUAGAAGGGCCAUUUUAUGCAUAUAUCCAGGAGUUCAGAAACAGACCUCCUCCUAUCUACUCGGAGGUUGAUCCCAAUCCACCCACUCCAGAUAUACGUCCACGUUGCAUGACCUGUUGAAGGAGGAUGCCUAAGAAUUUUAUCUACAAUUCAAUGAAAGCAGAUGAUUCUUGCAAAGACUGAAAGUGCCCCCUAACUCCUGUCCAUAGGGCUGUUUGUCAUUGCAUCUCUCACUGGGAUGGGACUCGAGGCAGAUUUAGGAGUGUGACAGGUCUUUUUGCAGCUGGGAUCUUACAACCCACUCGGUAUGUAGGGAGGCUGCGCAAAAUGAAUAAUGUGCAGGGCCCUUAAGUCGGAGAUGGGUGAUCCAAUAACCACUAAUAAUUCCCUGGUCAUUGCAGGCCAGGAGUGUUAAAGGUUCCAUUUGACUGCACUGUGGAUGGUCUCAAGAUGGUGUUUUUCCCACAGAUAAAUCUUUAACCCGAAAGCUGUUGCCUUAUUUUGAAGGAUUGGAAACCUUUCAUGCGAUAUAUUAAUCCUGACUAGCUGUUCUGAGACGUUUCCCUCUCUUGUCUAGUAAUAUUGCAUAUUGUAAUGAAGGACUUGGUAUACUAGACACAAGCUAUAUUUUACAGCCAAGACAAUCUAAUUAUACCAAAAUCUUUCACCACACGUUGCUGUAUACAAAGAGUUCUGUGGCCCCAAUUAGCUAUUUCUUGCUGUCGAUUAGUUGUUAACUCUGGUUUAUAUGUAGAUUGAAGUACAUGUAAAAGUAACCAUUUUAUCUGGUGGACUUCUUCUGAAAUGACAUCUUUAUGAGGAAACUCAUAAACACUGCACAAUGUAAAAGCCAUAUAUAAAAAAAUGUGAAAUAACUUUGAAAUUAUGUUCCUGAUGAAUUUGGCUUUGUCAAACACCUUGUAAGCUCUUGGUGUGAGUGAAGAAGUCAAUUGCCAUAAAGUAAAAUUAAUGAAUGAUUCUGUUUUUUGUAUGUGAAGCACAAACGUACUUUAAAAUGUGGCCAUUUUUCAGUAUUAUUGAAUUGGAAAAAUUGGUCAAAGAUUUAAAGUGACUUUGAACCUUAUGGUGCUAAAGUGCCUUAAAUGUUCGGAGAUUUUUUUUGAUGUGUGUGUGUAUAUAUAUUUUCAUAUAGCCUUUUGUUAAAUAGGUCUAUUACUUUGCCUUAUUGUAUAUUAUAGCCUUCUUGCCUUUUUGGCCAUGCAAAGGUACUUUGGUGGUCUAUAGUUAAAUUACCAAACUCGUUCCUCAGAACUUAAAGGGUUUUUCCGGAUUUAACUAAUGACCUAUCCCUAGGAUAGGCCAUAAAUAUCAGAUCUGGGUUCCAACACCUCAAACCCCUGCUGAUUUUUGGUGGUGGGGGAGGAAUCCGGCAGUAGAAGUGAACGCCAGAACUACACAGCUCCGUCUACUGUGUAGAGGACGGAAGUGGUUACUACAGUGUUGAUCCCAUUUCCUUCAAUAGUAGCAGUGUUCCAGCUCCAUACACUACACAAGGUAUGUUGCUGCCUAGUUCUGGUUCUUGACCUUCUCCCAAUAAGCUCAUCAGUGAGGGUGUGGGAUGUUGGAUCCCCCCAACUGAUCAUGGAUUGUCAAAUCCUAGCUCUGUUUACAUCUGCAUUGUGGUUUCCAUUAUAAAGGGAAACCAGGACACUGUCCGAUUUUUCUCAUGUUGGACAUCAAUGAACCUGCUUUACUUAUAACGGAGCCUCUGAUGCAGGUUUAAACAGAGCUUAUGUGUAAGAAGUGAAAUGUUGCAUAUUUGCUAUGGCAUUAUUAUUGCACUUUAUUGUGUUACUGUAUUGAGAUAAGAAUUGACUCACUGUCUGCUUUGAGCCAAAUGUGUCUUUUUUUUUUUUUUUUUUUUUUUUUUUUUUUUUAUGCAUUUGUAUUGACCAACUU